AAUUGGCGGGAACACGAGGAGUGAAGUUGUGUGAUUUGUUUUAUUUUUUCUAUUUAGUAUUUCUUCAGGCUUAAAUGUGUAAUAACGGUGGUUUAUUAACUGUUUAAUAUCUGUGAAAGUGCCCGAAUGUAGGAAAAUGAAAGAAAGCCGCUGGACGUAACUUCUCGGGAUCCUCCAAAAAGUCCACUGAAAAAAUCUUAGUAAAAGACCACCAUUUUACUGAGAUUAUUUUUCAUCCCAUAUCAUCUUAUCUCUACAUUUAAUUUCAUCCCAGUUGAUUAUUGUCUCAAAUUAAUCAUCUUCAUUUCCUUCCACUCCACUAAAUCAUCAUAAAAUUAAUAAUAUAUAUUAUAAAUUAAAAUAAGACAUGGCCUAAAGGUCUUAGUUACCAGGUCAUAAAAUCCCUUAAAAAAUCUGAUAAGCUUUCGUAUUUCCUUAUUUAUCAUAUCAAUUUAAAAUUUUAUUCUUGUAUAACUUCCGUGGCAGGCAGACGGAAAUUAGUGCCGUGGUAAAUAGUGGUUACAAGAUAAUUGUGAAUAUAAUUUUUCCGGAGGCUCAUCAGGUAAUAAUGGUUAAUAAACAUGGUUCUAAACUAAAUGGCAACAAAAAAGCGUUCAAUGAAGCUUAACCGGCUUUGACUUUCAAGUAGCCGGCUUUGAUUUUCAAGGACACUAUUCAUAAUUCAUUUGAUCGAAAUGUGGACACGAUAGUUAGUACCAGAGAACAGUAUAUACAUGUUGUACCACGCACAAUUGAAUCACUGAGCCAGUAGAUGCCAAGAAAUACUGUCUAGAAAUCAAACAUGGACAGCUUGCAAUUAGAAUCGUCCAAUAAAAUUUUUGGUGGUUAUCAAAAAGUGUAUUCUCAUGCAUCAUCUGAAUUAAAAUGCAAAAUGAAUUUUUCUAUCUAUCUCCCCCCUCAGGCAGAAGGGGGUGAUGUGAAAUUACCACUUCUAUAUUAUUUGUCUGGUCUAACUUGUAGUGAACAAAACUUCAUCACUAAAUCUGGUUUCCAGAGGUAUGCAGCCGAACAUGGUGUAAUUGUCGUAGGUCCUGAUACUUCGCCACGUGGAGUUAAGAUUGAUGGAGAUGAUUCAUCAUGGGAUUUUGGAGUUAGUGCCGGUUUUUAUUUAGACGCCACAAAUGAACCAUGGAAUAAUAAUUACAGAAUGGGCAGUUAUUUGAAUGUUGAAUUAUAUGAUUUAAUUUUGAAGGCUUUUUGCAAUGUGGUAGAUCCUAAUAGAAUUGGUAUUAUGGGACACAGCAUGGGAGGGCAUGGUGCUUUAGUUUCUACUCUGAGGAAUCCUGGCCAGUACAAGUCAGUAAGCGCUUUUGCUGCUAUUUGUAAUCCAAGUGCUUGUCCAUGGGGAGUGAAGGCUUUUAGUGGAUAUUUGGGAGAAGAUAAGAGUAAAUGGGCGGAAUGGGAUGCCACAGAGCUGGUUAAGAAAUACAAUGGACCUCCUCUUACACUACUACUAGAUCAGGGAAGUGGUGAUAAAUUUUAUUUAGAGAAGCAGUUACUUCCUGAGAAUUUGGUGGAGGCAUGCCGUUCUGUAGGAGUCCCUGUCAUUUUGCAACUACGCGAUGGAUAUGAUCACUCCUAUUAUUACAUCUCUACUUACAUUGGCGAACACUUCGACUUCCAUGCUAAAAUACUUAAAGCGUAGGUAAUGUACCAGUGGACUAAUAAAUGCGUUUAAAAUGUAAUUUUUUGUUAAUAAAAUCGUUUUGGAAUAA